AAAUGUUUGUGUUGAAAUGUUCCCGUUGCUUCUUAGUAAACUUAGGCGUCUUGCAAUAAUGUUAAAUGAUCAGUGAGGUGUAAAAUGACGAACAGAGACAUGCUACGUCACUCACAUGAGAAGCAAAAGUUCAUAGUACCAUUCUGCGGUUUUCGAGCAAUUUCCGUCAGUAUCUCCGUCACGCUAUACAAUGUAUAUCGCUUAUCUAUUUUAUUUAUGAGCCGCGACUUCAUGAAAACAUUCUGAGAUGAAUACAAAAUUUCAUUUGAGCAACAGUUCAGAAAAUAUUGUCAAGUGAUUUGAAUAAUUUUUUUCCAUUUUCAUCUUCAAAAUGCUAAUUGGCAAUUCAAAAAAGGUCAAAGAAUUGUGUUGUUUUCAUAUUCUCCAAGGACGUAGAGCGUUUCUAAAACAUGCCGCUUAUUCUAUUUUCUAAAGUCACUUUUGUGGGUUUUAGGGAUGUCUAAUAUGAGCAAUGUCUAUACUCUCCACAUUUUUAAGAACGAGGGUUAAAAACGCAAGUCAUGUUCUCGUUACCAUUUACGUGAAAACUCAUUGUGUGAAGUCAGUGUUUCGUAAACAAAGUGACAUGGAUCAAUAUAAAUACCAGAAAUUACAUACGAAGUGUUGUUGAAUAAAUUACGCAUGAAGGAAACAUCUACAGCAAUAAAAUAUACAUCUGGAGGAGAUUACCCCAAACCAUAUUUAAAGAACUAUUUACCCUAGAAAUUUAGUAACUUAGCUUAGACAGCGAUGAUCAUUUGAACGCGCUGUUGUUUCGUGACCAUUUGACAAUCAACUGUGAAUAAAUAUUUAUGUAUUAGAGUGUACUUUGAAACUGAAAGACCGCUGGAGGCUGAUUUCUCCUGUCCGUAGUGGUGCAAUAUUUUUAACACCUAACAGCAUCUCAUGGAAGUAGCGGAUGUAAAGCUGAUUGCCAAAUUUUGAGCCGUAACAUUGUAAGAAAUGUACGAAAAUAAGUAACGAGAAUUGAAGAUUCGAACGGUUGUAACUGAAUGAAUGUGUUGCUCUCUCCGUGAUCUCAUUAUAACCUUGUUCAGCUGCAAAUCUCUCCAGACGCCUCUGACGGAAGCAUGGCAAGCACAAAGCGCAACAGAAACUACAAUCCUACCAAAAGCACCACUUACCACAACAACGACAGCAUGAAGGAUUGCGCCACACAAAAGGACAAGCUUCUUUUUGAAGAACGCGAAAUGCCAAAGGGUCUUCGAGAACCCUUCAUCAAGUCGGGAUAUAGAAGAGCUUACAGUACACCUUGGCAGUGUUUCAAGAGCCUUUUCUACCUAAACAAUGAGAGCUUUAACGUGUGGAGCCACAUUUUAACAACAUGUUACUUUUUGGUGCGUUAUGGAACGGCCGCCGCCACUCAGUGCAACUCGUUGCUAGAUCCUUUCAAUUUACCUCUCUUUGCCUCUGCCUUUGGAACUCUAAUACUUUACUCCACAAGCUCCGUUGCGCAUCUUCUCAACUCUAUGUCUGAGCGAGGAUACAAAAUCUGCUUCUUCUUUGACUACGCCGCCGUAAGCCUGUACACAUUUACCUCGAGCCAAGCAAUGUUCUUCUACGUUCGGCCAAUGAACACACAGUGUAUAAUCUUUGAGUCGCCAUCUUUGUACCUGUGUUUAGCGGCACUCUUUUCGUUUCUUGUGACGUACGGUUGCUGUAAGACUGAUGCUGCAGUCAACAAGUUCAGUACCCUUCUCCGUGCUUUACCUGCCCUCGUUGCCUGGGUUUUCAGCACUCUGCCAUUUACAGCUGGCGUGACGCUAUGCAGCUGUCACGCAACAAACUCAUCGUGUAGAGCUUUGUCUGCCUGUAGUAGCGAGUCUGUCAGUUACUAUCUCCGUCACGUAUUUUGCACAACUCUCGCGGGCUUCAUGUACAGCAGUAGGUUACCUGAACGACUUUUUCCCGGGAGGUUUGAUCUCAUUGGUAACAGCCACCACUUCCUGCACCUUUGCGUUGCCCUGGCAACGGAAUAUGCGUUCAAAAUCUUGGACCUUAAUGUCAGCUAUCUGAAGAAAGAGCACUUGUUGGAGGAAACAACUGCCUAUGUCUCGCUUAUCAACACCAUGGGUGUGGCCAUAUUGGUGAUGUUUAUAAACACUGGAAUUUCUGUCUGGUUUGCAAAGAACCUUAAGGUUAAGGAGAGUGUUUAGAAGAAUUACACUCAAUACAUAAAACAUUCCAGACUCCUACCCAGACGCUCUUUGGCUUCGUCACGCAAUGCUCAGGAGCCUGAUUGCGUGACUAGCGUAACGAACCUCUGCCUAGAAGACUAUUAUGGCUGUGGCGUCGUCUGAAAUUUUCCCCAGCUUCAAAAUAAUAAUUAAGCAAAUCACAGUUUAAGGGUUAUUUUGUAAUUAUGGCUAAUAAAGAUUUGGAACGAUUAAAAGUAAAAAUUUGAGUACUAGCUGCCUGGAAUAACCAUAGGGACUAGCGGAGCA